UCGUACCGCCCACUCUGAGCUGGUCGCGAGGCCGAGGUCCAGAGACUGGAGCCCCAGCCAGGCCCUGCGCACCGGUCCGGGAGCGACGGCUGCCGGGAACCCGGCUGGGACCGCCUCGGCUUCGCCCCCUAAACCCUCGGCGGACGCCCAGCACGCAGGGGUGGCCGCGGCCCGCAGCCCCGGUGUGGGUGGCCCGGCGCGCGGAGGCUAGGGGGUGGGCCGCCCCAACGCGGGGACCACCGAGGGGCGCGGGCGGGGCCCGAGGCGGCGGCUGUGUCCCGACCCGGCUCAGGGGCCGCCGCGGAGCAGGGCUGCUUCGGAGAGCACCUGGACGUAGAAGGGUUAACGGGCCGCCGGGGCCGCGCAGAACAGAGAUGUCCCGAAGAGUCAUCCCUCCCAACCUCCAGCUUUCCAGCAGCUGGAGAUGCAAGCACCAGGCUUCUGUCCCUGCAGAGCCUACCCCCUCCAGGCCCAGAUGGCCGACUAGAGGGCUUUCUUCCCGUCCAUGCCUUCCUUGCCCGGGGCAAUCAAGGGAGGAGAGAUGGAGAAGUGGCCCUGCAGGCCCUGGUUGUGCCUGAUGCUGCUUCUGCCCCUCCCUCGGUUCUGCCAGGAUCGGGAGGUGUUGUCUGGACACUCUCUUCAGAUACACCCUGAGGAGGGCCAGGGCCUUGAGGGCGUCUGGGGUCCCUGGGACCAGUGGGCCUCUUGCUCCCAGCCCUGUGGGGUUGGGGUGCAGCACAGGAGCCGAACCUGUCAGCUGCCCACAGCUCAACUCCACCAGGGCCAGCCCCUCCCACCCAGGCCCCCAAGCUAUCCUGAAGCCGUGCUCCCAGGGGCUCAGGGCCCCAGACCCCAGACUUCCCGAGAAACCCUCCCUCCUUACAGGCCACAGACCUGGGGAAGAGGUGGCCUAUUUCGAGGCCCCACUUCUCAAUUAGGGCCAGAGCAGGCCCAGGGGAUUCCAGGAGCCCGGAGGUCCUGGGUUCGAGAUCCCAUCAAGCCAGGAAUGUUUGGUUAUGGAAGAGUGCCUUUUGCUUUGCCGCUCCAUCGGAACCGCAGACACCCCCAGAGGCCACCCGAACCUGAGCUUUCCCAGGCCUCAGAUCUUCCAUCUCUGACUCCAAAAGCAGAGCUGACCUCCACAAACCAUACCUCUCCAACUCAGUUCCCUCUUAAAGAACUGUCUGUCCAUAUCCCAUCCCCCCUGGCAGAACCCCCAGGCCCCAGAAGUGCUCAGAGAGAGGUGCCGUCUAGAACCAGGCCUAAUCCCACCCGGUCCCAACGCAGAGCCCAGGCCACAGACACAGAGCCCCCCUUCUCCACCCCAUCCCCAAGAGAAAGUAGCUCUUUCCACAUGUCUCCUCAGCCAAGAAUUCCAAGUUCUCAGGGUUGGGCCGGUCCCAGGCUGGCAGCAAGACGCCCUAAUCCCUCCCUUUCUGUCCCUCGGGGCCGAGGCCCGCAGAGCCAGGAGCGCCAGAGACCUGGGGGGACUCUUCACGGGCCCCUACUGGAGUCUGCCUCUCUCUACGCAGACAGCUGGUUGCCUCUUCUGAGUGCUGGCGCCCGCGCCACCUCCCUCUGGAGCGUCUUUGCUCCUAGUAGCCCUGUCCCAAGAUGUUCUGGGGAGAGUGAGCAGCUGAGAGCAUGUAGCCAAGUGCCCUGCCCCCCUGAACAGCCAGACCCCCGGGCUCUGCAGUGUGCAGCCUUUAACUCCCAGGAGUUCAUGGGCCGGCAGUACCAGUGGGAGCCCUUCACAGAAGUUCAGGGCUCCGAACGCUGUGAACUGAACUGCCGUCCCCGUGGCUUCCGCUUUUAUGUCCGUCACACUGAAAAGGUCCAGGAUGGGACCCUGUGUCAGCCUGGAGCCCUAGACAUCUGUGUGGCUGGACGCUGUCUGAGCCCUGGCUGUGAUGGGAUCCUCGGCUCUGGAAGGCAUCCGGAUGGCUGUGGAGUCUGUGGGGGUGAUGAUUCUACCUGUCGCCUCAUCUCAGGGAAUGUCACUGACCGGGGGGGCCCUCUGGGCUAUCAGAAGAUCUUACUGAUUCCUGCAGGAGCCUCCCGGCUCCAGAUUGCCCAGCACCGGCCCAGCUCCAACUACCUUGCACUUCGAGGCCCUGGGGGCCGGUCCAUUAUCAAUGGGAACUGGGCUGUGGAUCCCCCUGGGUCCUACAUGGCUGAUGGGACUAUCUUCCGGUACAACCGUCCUCCACGGGAGGAGGGCACAGGAGAGAGUAUGUCAGCUGAAGGCCCCACCACCCGACCUGUGGAUGUCUAUAUGAUCUUUCAGGAGGAAAACCCAGGUGUUUUUUAUCAAUAUGUCAUCUCUUCACCUCCUCCAAAGCUCGAGAGGCCCACCUCAGAGUCCUAUAUCCCCCAACUCCAGCCCGAGAUUGUGAGGGUGGAGACCCCACCUGCUUCGGUGCUGCACCACCCCCGGGCCCCAGGCAUCCUCCAGCGCCAGGUGCGGGUCCCCCAGAUGCCCACCCUGCCCCAUCUCAGGACUCCCCUGGGGUCUCUGGCUGGAUACUGGAAGCGGGUGGGACACUCCGAGUGCUCAGCAUCGUGUGGAAAAGGUGUUUGGCGCCCCGUUUUCCUCUGCAUUUCUCAUGAGUCAGGAGAGGAGCUGGAUGAAGACAGCUGUGCCAUGGGCGCCAGGCCGCCAGCCCCCCUGGAACCCUGCCAUGGCCCCCCAUGCCCCCCAUACUGGGAAGCUGGCGAGUGGACAUCCUGUAGCCGCUCCUGUGGCCCUGGCACCCAGUACCGCCAGGUACGCUGCUGGCAGGAGUUUGGGGGUGGUGGCUCCUCAGUGCCCCCGGAGCGCUGUGGACAUCUUCCCCAACCUGACAUCACCCAGCCCUGCCAGCCUCGCCUCUGUGGUUACUGGGAGGUUCGAUCCCCCUGGAGCCAGUGCUCUGUACGGUGCGGGCGUGGCCAGAGGAGCCGGCAAGUUCGCUGUGUUGGAAACAAUGGUGACGAAGUGAGGGAGCAAGAGUGCACUCCAGGCCCCCCACGGCCCCCCAGCAGAGAGACCUGUGACAUGGGGCCCUGUACCACAGCCUGGUUCCACAGCGACUGGAGCUCCAAGUGCUCAGCUGAGUGUGGCAUAGGAAUCCAGCAGCGUUCUGUGGUCUGCCUUGGGAGUGGGGAGGCCCCUGGGACAAGCCAGGCAGAAGCAGGAGCAGGAGCCAGUGAGCAGAGCUGUGCAGCAGGAAGCCGUCCCCCUGACAUGCGUGCCUGCAGCUUGGGGCCCUGUGAGAUGACCUGGUGCUGGUACACAGGGCCCUGGGCUGAGUGUUCCUCAGACUGUGGCUCUGGUACACAGUGGAGAGACAUCAUCUGUGUGUCCAAACUGGGGACAAAGUUCAAUGUGACUUCUCCUAGCAACUGUUCUCACCUACCCAGGCCCCCUGCCCUGCAGCCCUGCCAGGGACAGGACUGCCGCGACCGAUGGUUCUCUACGUCCUGGAGUCCGUGUUCUCACUCCUGUCAGGGGGGCACACAGACAAGGGAGGUCCACUGCCUGACUGCCAACCAGACUCUCAGCACCCGAUGCCCUCCUCAUCUGCGGCCCUCCAGGAAACGACCCUGUAACAGCCAGCCCUGCAGCCAGCGCCCUGCGGACGCAGCUGGAGGAGGAGGAGCUUGGCCUGGCUGGAGGGAGCUUGCGGUAGAGGCACGGGCGGAGCCAAGGCAGUACUGGAUGUCCUGCCAAGGACACAUUCUUCAGAGAUGUCUCACCCUAGUCCCUUCCCUCUCCCCUCUCCUGCCCACUUCAUGGGUCAAGAGCCAGAUUUCCCAGGGGUCCCUGUACCCCUGAAGGGAGCAGUGCAACAGAAUUGGACUCCUCCCUGUUGGAAGCAUCCACCUCCCCAUCUCUGCACCUCCCUAAGUCUGGCCUAGUGAGACCAUAAUAAAGGCCUGCAGAAACUGUUGAACUCAGUGACUACUAUUUCCUGAGUACAUGCAGACCCUGUGAAGGACACCUGUGUUGCCUGAGGAGACAGGAUUUCUCUAGUGGCCUCCUCACUUCAGACUGCUGCCUUGGGACUUAGGCUCUCCCUGAGUUGGAAAUAGCUGUGAAAGACAACUUUGGACAUCUUGGCGGGAGAGUGGGUGAGGAAAGAGGCAAAAGGGAAUGGAGGGAAAGGAGAAUGAAACUGAUUCUAGCCCAGGACAAGGAAUGAGGAAAGGGGUACAAGGAAACUCAGUCUCUGCUCAGCCUAAAGAGGAGGUGUCAGACCUGUUCUUCUCUUUGGUGAACCUGUAAGGGGAUCAAAGAUGAUCCCCAGGGAAGUGGGACCUGGGCAGCCUGUAGUUACUGAGGGCUGAAGUCCAAGGCCUAGGACUGGAGGGAGGGGUGGUGGUAACUAGCUGGGGCCCUCCCCGCGAUUCCUGGAAGCUGCAGCUGGGUGGUGGCCCCAGCUCAGCUGACUUCCCCGAAGUACACCUCCCUCUUUGGGCUGUUGCUGGGCUGGUCUGGAGUGCUGCCUAUGCCUGAGAGCCAAUCACACAUUGGGAAAGUAGCUGCAGCCCCACUUGGACUCCCCCAGCCUCAGCCCUUGCUUUCUCUCUCUGACAGCCCCUGAACUCUGACUUCUCAGGAUGUGGGCUUCCGUCAGGGCAGUUGCCCCUUUCCCCUCUUAUUUUAAAGCCAGACUCAGUGCAGCCCCUCGGGGUACUUUCCUCUGGCCACUGAGGUCAGCAUGGGGUCAGUGCACACAUUUCCAGGAAGGUGAACCUGACCGCAGGUAACCCCUUUCCUUGUCCCCUUAGAGGGCAGUGUGGCCAGACACCUCUUUCUUGACCUCCAAAACCCUGAAGGGACUUGGGAGAGAGGAAGCUGCAGUUCAAGGCCAGGGAGUUGUGGUGGAGGGGCCCCUAGGUUUGGUGCACUAGGGGGAACUUAGGGAAGGACUCAGAGGAACUGGACCCCUGAGCACUGAGGUGGGGGUGGGGUGGUGAUGGGAACAAUCGUGAUAUGCACGAGAGAGCUCAAGCGUGCAGGUGGCCAGUGUGUUGGUAAGGGCUCCUCUUUCCUGAGUGUCUGCGGGAGCAAGGGGUUGUGGUUCUGUGUCGGGGUACUUACAGGUGACCUUGUGAGGUCUCAGUCCAGCUGCAUCAGGAUUCCUCUCCCCUCCCCUCCCCCAGCUUCCCCAGGGUAAUUACCCACCCAAUUAAGCUGCCACCUUCAGACUAAAUUUAUCUCCUAGACUUCCCCAACCCCCUGGCCUCCCUGCAAGCAGGUGCUCGCAGCUGCGGAGGGCAGGGGGAGGCAGUCUCCAGAACCCCAUAGUCUUCACUUGACCAGAUUCAACCUCUCUGGUAACUAGGAUUGAAGCAGAACAGAGGGUCCAGCACAUGCGUGUCUCCGCCUUCAGGCUCCCUUCUCAGGCCCAUUAGAGAAGACCUAAGGCUAGAUGAUGUAGACAGCCCUCCAGGCAGUGGGAGGGCUAAAGGUCAGAGUGAGAGGAAGCCAAGAAGCUCCCCUCCAGAUUCUCUCCAACCAGGUCCUCUUACAUUUGUUUCCUCCUCCCCAGUUUUAUGAAUAGAGACUUCAUAUUAACACCCUGUGCCACAAGAGUAAACCGAAUCGUGAGACCUCUCCUCUCCUUCAACCAUGGAGAAUCAUGCUAGAGACCGUAGUUUGGGUGUGUGCAAUGGGGUGGGGGUUCCCAAGUUUCUACCCUCCCUUGUAGCCCAUCCCUCAAAUCCACCAUCUUUGCUGCCAGGAUGUCAGCUGGGUGGGGAAGUUAGGACAGAGGGGGCUUAUCUGUCACAGGCAGAUGAUGAAGAGGUGUCAGCUUUAAAUGGCUGCAGGCACCUCACAGGAAAUAGAAAGCUUCAGGAAAGUACCUAGUGUCAACAAAAGCAAUCAAAAGUUUGGGCUAACCUCAAACUAGACAGCACAAAUCCUGACUCUGACUUCAGGCUCUUUGACCAAGCAGAUGGGAAAACUCUAGAGGGAUAUGUUUCAGGGCUGAGGUCUGAAGAAAGAGAGCAAUGUUCAAGAUUAGUCCAAAAGAAGGUAUGCAUGAGCUAUGUCAGAUGGCAGUCAGAUCCUGGGGAGACCUGUGUUUGAGUAGCCUGGGAAAGAACCUGAGUAGUCAGAGAGAUGGGUUCAAUUUCACGAAGGUCCCAGGUUGGGGUUAGGAAGUGUGUGUUGUACUCUUUUCAGCAUUGCCUGAAUCUCUAAGAGACAGCUCUACAGAACUUUUGACAAGGAAAAGAAACUGGGGGAGAAAGGUAGGGCUACUUAAAAAGGAGCAGGCUGAGUCCUGGGAUCCCUAGGCUAAAAGGCAAGGUGGUGGGGCCCUGCCCUUGAUGAGCCACAGAUUUCUGUCCCUGGAACCCAAGUACCCCUUUCUUUCAUCUCUACCUUCCUCCCUUCCCUCUCUAC